CAUUAGUUACGCGCUUCGGUGAUACCGUACAAGUUGUGGGAACGUGCUUCGUUUAUUUUUAUCAACUGCGUGUGUUCGUUGUGCGGUAGUUUAGUGUUUUUUUUUUUUCAAUAAAAUCAUUAUUAUUAUAUCAUUGUGAUCUUUAAAAAAUAAAUUACGAGAUGAUUCGUUUCCAGAUAGAAAUAACGUCUCAAUCCAACGAAUCGCCGUUUCGUAUUUCAAGUAUGUAGAAAAAUUGAAAAUCGGUUACUUGAAAAUUAUUUACCGUCGCAAUGUCAUCGAUAUUUUCGAAAUAUUUGCGCGACAACGGCGUACCGGGAAAAAUAAUCGGUAACCGAGAAUAUUUAAGCAAAGCGUUGAUCGCGUCUUCACUCAUCUUAUACGGAUGUAAAAUAAGUUACCCGAUAAUCAAGAAAGUUUGCCAUUCGCCGAAAAAUGAUCAUCGUCUUAAACCAAACACGAACGGAGUAUGUUCCAUUGAACAGCAGCAGAACGACAACAACACGGAUCCAUUGAUCGAUAACAAUAACAAAAGCUGCGUCGUAAAUGGUAACCUAGUCGGCGAUAAGAACUAUAACAUGAAGAAUAACAAAGUCGAUACUCAAGUCAGCAAAGUACCAGCUAAAAAGCAAACCAACGGUGUACGAGCUUUGGUACCCGGCUUCGACAGAGAUUUCAUCAGACGGCUGUAUUAUUUAAUUAAGAUUAUGGUACCGAAAACAUUCUGCUUCGAAACUUUCCUACUAGCUGUGCAUACUGGAGCGUUAACUUUACGAACAUUGAUGUCGAUUCAUGUGGCCAAUAUGGAAGGACAUAUAGUGAAAUACAUCGUGCAAAAGGAUGUGAAAAAUUUUUCCUUCAUGUUACUUAGAUGGCUAGCUUUCGCUAUCCCUGCAACGUUCAUCAAUUCUAUGAUUAGAUAUUUGGAAUGCAAACUUGCCCUGUCAUUCAGAUCUCGUUUAGUGAAUCACGCGUAUAAAUUAUAUUUUCAAGAUGAAACGUAUUAUCGAGUCAGUAACAUCGACGAUCGAAUCGAAAACGCAGACCAUCGAUUAACCGAAGACAUAACAGCAUUCGCAACAUCGGUCGCUCAUUUGUAUUCUCAUAUUACGAAACCUCUAUUCGAUUGCGCUCUCGUGGCGUACGCUUUAGCCAAAUCCAGCAAAGAAAUGGGAGCCGCCGUUAUACCAGGACCUCUGCUGGCAACCGUGAUGAUAACGAUAACGGGAGAAAUUUUGCGAUACGUUUCCCCAAAGUUUGGAGCCAUGGUAGCCAUAGAAGCCGAACGAAAAGCAUACCUCAGGCAUAUACAUACCAGAAUCAUAACGAAUGCCGAAGAAAUAGCAUUCUACAAAGGACACGACGUCGAACUGUUCCAUUUGCAGAAUGCUUUCCAAUCUUUGGUCAGGCAAAAAGAUCGAAUAUUUUUGCAGAAAUUAUGGUACGUCGUGUUAGAACAAUUUUUAAUGAAAUAUGUAUGGAGUGGCACCGGAAUGGUGAUCGUUUCGUUACCAAUAUUGACUGGAGGUGGCAAAGCGUCUAGAAAUUCAGGUAGCAACGGUAAUGCGGAUGUGGGUAUCAGCGAAAGAACUCAGUACUUUACUACAGCCAGAAAUUUAUUAAUAUCUGGAGGAGAUGCUGUUGAAAGGCUCAUGUCAUCGUAUAAGGAAAUCGUCGAAUUGGCCGGUUACACUUACAGGGUUAGCAUGAUGUUCGACGUAUUCGAGGAUGUUCGUAAAGGUGACUAUGUCAGAAAAGGUAUCGUCGCAGCUACCAAACAACGUGCAUCGUGUCCUUUGCGAUUCAACUCGAACGGACAAAUUAUCGCCUUAGGUAUCAUUGAAAAUAGCUCAGAUGGUAGCAUACGUUUAGAAGACGUACCAAUAGUGACGCCAAACGGCGACGUCGUAGUUCCUAGCCUCACGUUAACUAUCACGCCCGGAAAUCACCUGCUCAUCACCGGACCGAACGGAUGCGGCAAAUCGUCUCUGUUUCGUAUUCUCUCCGGAUUAUGGCCCGUUUACUAUGGAAAACUAGUCAGACCUUCUGGUUGUUGUAUGUUUUACAUACCGCAAAGGCCGUACAUGUCGCUGGGCAGUUUACGAGAACAAGUCAUUUAUCCGGACACGUUAUCGAAUAUGCGAAAAAAAGGUAUAACCGAUCAAGACUUGGAAUUAUGUUUGGAAAGAGUACGACUUUCUUACCUAAUAGUCAGAGAAGGAGGCUGGGACGCUUCGGCCGAUUGGAAAGAUAUAUUAUCCGGUGGAGAGAAACAAAGAAUGGCCAUUGCUAGGUUAUUCUAUCAUAAACCUUCAUUUGCAUUACUAGACGAAUGUACUAGUGCUGUAAGUAUGGACGUUGAAAGCAACAUGUACCAGGCAGCUAAAGACGCUGGAAUAACUUUACUCACCAUAACGCAUCGGCCUUCUUUAUGGAAAUUCCACACCGAAAUCCUGCAAUUUGACGGCGAAGGUGGAUGGGCACUUUCAUCAUUAAAUGAAUCACCGUCAGUUACGAUAACGGAAAUUGCCGACCAUGACGUUAACGUUGAAAAAUCAACUACCAAGACUGAAAACUGAACAUGGUUACUGGAUCUUAGUUGAAUUCUUGCCAAACUAUAGCUCUCAAUUUUUUAUACCUAACUGGAUUUUAUUUAUUUUUCAUUUUUUCCUGCUGUUUUUGUUUUAAUUUUACGUAUUAAUUUUUAUACAUAUGUUACAAAUGCGAAAACGUACGUUAUACAUUCAUUCAUUCCUCUUUAUACAUUAUAAUGUUAAAUGUUACUAUAUAUAUCCGUGUAUUUUGUAUUGGUAAGUUACUAUACCUAUUUUACCGCUUUAUGGCGAUAGCGUGUGAAUUAUUUGAAUACCUAGCGAAUUCUUUGUAAUAAUUUCGUUUUCGUUGCGAAACUAAUCGCCAAUUUUUCUUUUUUUAUGAUCGAUUUAUGUGAAAUUUAAUUUCAUUUUUUUUUUAAAAGUACGCCUUCUUUCAGAGUAGAGAAAUUGCAUCAUGUCGUACACGUUUUGUACUGUGAUACCGAGGAUUGUGUAGAGCUUAGCCUUAAAAUUAUCGUAUGGAAAUGUUACAAAUAUUAUUAAACGAAACACAAGAGUGUAUCGUUUGUAGUAAAAAAUCAUAUCAAAUCGUAUUGUUACCAUGUUAAAUUUAGAAUUUUCAUUGAUUUAGGUCUAAUACUUUAUAAUGUACCUACUACGUAUGUACUUACUUAACUUGUAAUUUUUUUUCCUCAAAUUAAAAAUACGCAGUGUAAA